AUACUAUAGACACUUGGCACCCGACCACCUGCUUCAAAUAUGCCAUCGCCUAGGACCGCUUCUAGAGCAAGAAAUUCCCCAAAGCGUCCCUGGAGUGCAGACGUUAUUAGGAGCUGGCAGACAGUCUUUGCUUCGUACAAACAAAAGUUGCAAACACGUUGUGUGGAAAGGGUCGGCUCUUGCGGCAUUACAUUGUGGGAGGCCUCCAGAGUCACCCGUCAAUUAUGGCAGUCCACCUAGCAUAGUGGAUACCCUCUUUUCAAGGAAACUAAAUGGGAAGUACAGACUUGAACGCCUUGUUCCAACUGCAGUCUAUCAACAUAUGAAGAUGCACAAGCGCAUUUUGGGACACUUAUCUUCUGUCUAUUGUGUAACCUUUGAUCGGACUGGCAGGCGAAUAUUUACUGGGUCGGAUGACUGCCUUGUAAAAAUCUGGGCAACGGAUGAUGGGCGGCUGCUGGCCACGCUGAGGGGGCACGCGGCGGAAAUCUCCGACAUGGCAGUGAACUACGAGAACACCAUGAUCGCCGCCGGGAGCUGCGAUAAAAUGAUCCGGGUUUGGUGCCUUCGCACGUGCGCGCCCUUGGCCGUGCUGCAGGGCCACAGCGCCUCCAUCACCUCCUUGCAGUUCUCUCCACUGUGCAGUGGCUCAAAGAGAUAUUUAUCUUCAACUGGGGCAGAUGGAACAAUAUGCUUUUGGCUGUGGGAUGCUGGCACCCUUAAAAUAAACCCAAGGCCAACAAAGUUUACAGAACGUCCUCGGCCUGGAGUCCAAAUGAUCUGUUCUUCUUUUAGUGCUGGUGGAAUGUUUUUGGCCACUGGGAGUACAGAUCACAUCAUUAGGGUUUAUUUCUUUGGAUCAGGUCAGCCAGAGAAGAUAUCAGAGUUGGAGUUUCAUACUGACAAAGUUGACAGCAUUCAGUUUUCUAAUAGUAGUAGCAGAUUUGUGAGUGGAAGCCGCGAUGGAACCGCGCGGAUCUGGCAGUUUAAGCGAAGGGAAUGGAAAAGUAUUUUGCUAGAUAUGGCUACUCGCCCAGCAGGGCAAAGUGUACAGGGAGUUGAAGAUAAAAUCACAAAACUGAAGGUGACCAUGGUGGCCUGGGACCGCCACGACAACUCUGUUAUAACUGCAGUAAACAACAUGACCCUGAAAGUCUGGAACUCGUUCACUGGUCAGCUCAUUCAUAUUCUCAUGGGACAUGAAGAUGAAGUGUUUGUACUUGAACCUCAUCCAUUUGAUCCAAGAGUUCUCUUCUCUGCUGGACAUGAUGGAAAUGUCAUAGUUUGGGAUUUGGCAAGAGGAGUCAAAAUCCGGUCUUACUUCAACAUGAUUGAAGGACAAGGACAUGGUGCAGUUUUUGACUGCAAGUGCUCUCCUGAUGGACAGCAUUUUGCAUGUACUGAUUCUCAUGGUCACCUUCUGAUUUUUGGCUUUGGUUCCAGUAGCAAAUAUGACAAGAUAGCAGAUCAGAUGUUCUUUCAUAGUGAUUAUCGGCCCCUUAUCCGUGAUGCCAACAACUUUGUCCUGGAUGAGCAGACCCAGCAGGCUCCGCACCUGAUGCCUCCCCCAUUUUUGGUUGAUGUGGAUGGCAACCCUCAUCCUGCAAGGUAUCAAAGACUAGUUCCUGGUCGUGAGAACUGCAGGGAGGAGCAGCUUAUCCCUCAGAUGGGAGUGACAUCUUCAGGAUUGAAUCAAGUUCUUAGUCAACAAGCAAAUCAAGAAGUUAGUCCACUGGAUAGCAUGAUUCAAAGGCUUCAGCAAGAACAGGAUCAGAGACGUUCUGGGGAGGCAGGAACUAGCAGUACCAGCCGCAUAAGCAGAGGCUCUCUAAGCGCUCCCUCAGAAGUGCACUCGCCGCCAAACAUCGGCUUGCGGCGCAGCGGGCAGAUCGAAGGCGUGCGGCAGAUGCACAGCAACGCGCCCAGGAGCGAAAUAGCCACUGAGAGGGACCUGGUGGCUUGGAGCCGGAGGGUUGUGGUGCCUGAGCUUUCUUCUGGAGUAGCUAGUAGGCAAGAAGAGUGGCGAACAGCAAAGGGAGAAGAAGAAAUAAGGGCUUAUCGGUCAGAAGAGAAAAGAAAGCAUGUAAUAAGUCACGUUCCAAGAGAAAACAAAAUGCCUACUUUCUCUAAGAACCAUUCUCAUGAUCAUUUACUUGAUGCCAGUGAAUCAAAAAAGCAGCAAGCCAACCAGCACAGCUAUYGCACCAGAUACGCCGCAGAAGAGACUGCCCGGCCUGCAGAAGAGCUGGAAAAUGGGCACAGCUCCUCGGAUGAAGGAGAAGCAGUUGUUGCCAGUGGUGGGACAUCAGAAGAUGAUGAAAGAGCGUGGCACAGUGAUGGCAGCUCUAGUGACUAUUCUAGUGAUUAUUCUGACUGGACGGCAGAUGCAGGGAUCAACCUGCAACCACCAAAGAAAAUCCCUAAACUCAAAACAAAGAAAGCAGAAAGCAGUUCAGAGGAUGAAGAAGGACCUGAAAAGCAAAAGAAGCAAAUUAAAAAAGAAAGGAAAAAAGGGAAUGAGGAGAAAGAUGGACCAACAACAUCACCAAAGAAGAGGAAACCCAAAGAGAGAAAGCAGAAGAGGCUGCCUGUAGGAGUUUUGGCAGAAAAUGGUUUGACACUGGAAGAAUGGCUGCCCUCAGCAUGGAUUACAGAUCCCAUUCCACGGCGAUGCCCAUUUGUGCCACAGAUGGGGGAUGAGGUUUACUAUUUCCGACAAGGUCACGAGGCCUACGUUGUGAUGGCUAAAAAGAACAAAAUAUAUAGCAUCAACCCCAAAAAGCAACCCUGGCAUAAAAUGGAAUUGCGGGAGCAAGAGCUGAUGAAAAUAGUCGGUAUUAAGUAUGAAGUGGGCUUGCCAACUCUCUGCUGUCUCAAACUAGCUUUUCUUGACCCGGACACGGGUAAACUGACUGGAGGAUCAUUCACCAUGAAGUACCACGAUAUGCCUGAUGUCAUAGAUUUUCUAGUCCUGAGGCAGCAGUUUGAUGAUGCAAAGCAUAGGCGGUGGAAUAUAGGUGAUCGUUUCCGGUCGGUGAUAGAUGAUGCCUGGUGGUUUGGAACAAUUGAAAGCCAGGAGCCUCUUCAGCCGGAUUAUCCUGACAGCCUCUUCCAGUGCUACAACGUCUGCUGGGACAAUGGGGAUACCGAGAAGAUGAGUCCUUGGGACAUGGAGCUGAUACCCAGUAAUGCUGUAUUUCCAGAAGAACUGGGAACAAGUGUUCCUUUAACAGAUGAUGAACGCAGGACGCUGCUCUACAAACCUCUGGAUGGGGAGUGGGGUUCCAGGACCCGGGAUGAGGAGUGCGACAGAAUUAUCGCAGGCAUCAACCAGCUCAUGACUCUCGAUAUUGCGUCUGCCUUUGUUGCACCUGUGGAUCUUCAGGCCUACCCGAUGUACUGCACUGUCGUGGCCUAUCCCACCGACCUCAGUACCAUUAAACAGAGACUGGAAAGCAGAUUCUACAGGCGGCUCUCGUCGCUCAUGUGGGAGGUGCGGUACAUCGAGCACAACACGCGCACCUUCAACGAGCCCGGCAGCCCCAUCGUCAAGUCGGCCAAGUUCGUCACCGACCUGCUGCUGCAUUUCAUCAAAGACCAGAGCUGCUAUGAUAUCAUCCCCUUGUACAACGCCAUGAAGAAGAAGGUGCUCUCCGACUCGGAUGAGGAAGAAGAGAAAGAUACAAAUGUGCCAGGGACUUCCACUAGGAAAAGAAAGGAUCACCAGCCGAAGCGGCGGCUGCGGAACAGAGCACAGUCCUAUGACAUUCAGUCGUGGAAGAAGCAGUGCCAGGAGCUGCUGAAUCUCAUUUUUCAGUGUGAAGACUCUGAACCCUUUCGACAACCAGUGGAUCUCCUUGAAUAUCCAGAUUAUAGAGAUAUUAUUGACACACCAAUGGAUUUUGCUACUGUUCGAGAAACGUUGGAAGCUGGCAACUAUGAGUCACCAAUGGAGUUAUGUAAAGAUGUGCGACUUAUUUUCAGCAAUUCCAAAGCCUACACGCCCAGUAAAAGGUCAAGGAUCUACAGCAUGAGCUUGCGCCUGUCUGCCUUCUUUGAGGAGCAUAUAAGCUCUAUCUUGUCAGAUUACAAAUCUGCCCUGCGCUUUCAUAAACGGAACACCAUAAAGAAACGAAGGAAGAAAAGAAGUAGAAGCAGCUCCAUGUCGAGCAGUGUUGCAUCCAGCCCUGAGAGGAAGAGGAGAUUAAUAAAAGCUCAGCCGAAGGCGGAUAGCGCUGCCCCCUCGUCAUCCUCGGCACCCGUGAGGUCGGCCGCCCUGAGACAAGUUCCGGCUCAAGUGAACGGAAAAGCGGCCGAAGCUUCGUCCCUAGUGCGGACUAGGAGCAACAGGGGAGUGACAGACGGGGCUGUCCCGGAGCAGCCCUCCACUUCUGCAGCAGGGAAGCCUGUGAGCAUAAAGCCUGUAAUUGCAAAGCCAAACACUGCUGCGGYGUCGGGCAAGUCGGUACUAGAGAAUUCAACCAAACAUUCCAAGAACCAGAAUAUUUUACCAAUUCCUACUCAAUCUGAUUAUGGUCAUAACACUAGGAAUAACACCACAAAAGAAAAUCCCGAAAAAGAGAAGCAAAUCAAACGCAAAGUCAAGUCAUCCACUGUUAAUCAACAAGGUAAGGCAGAGGGCAGGAYGGGCGCCGUGGCGGCCGGCAGCGUCCAGGUCAACGGGCACGGGGGGCCCCCCGCGAAGCCGCCCGUCAAGAGGGGGCCCGGGCGGAAACCCAAGGUGGAGACCAACUCCACCAACAGCAGCUGCCAAGUGGUACACAAGAAAAGAGGCCGAAAACCCAAAAAGCUGCAAGUUGCUGAGCAGAAGGUUGCGGAGCAGAACGCGGUCCAGCCCACGAGGAGUCCACCGGAGGAGGCGUCGGCCUCCACUGCGUCGUGCAAUUCCCUUUCUGAAAACAACGUGAAGGAAGACUUGUUGCAGCGAAAAGGCCGUGGGGGUAGGAAGCCCAAAAGAAAGGUGAAGCAGCAUCAACCAGGCUCGGACCUUUUAGUUCCUGCCAACGUUAAAAUGCAAACAAGGAGCAGGAGGAAGAAGAUGGACGAGCCUAUGGAGGAAGGGUCUGAAGAGCUUAAAGAUUCUGAACCUCACAUGAGAACUAGAAACCAGGGUAGGAGGACAGCCUUUUACAACGAGGAUGACUCUGAGGAAGAGCAAAGGCAGCUGUUGUUCGAAGACACCUCUCUGACUUUCGGGACGUCCAGCCGAGGCAGAGUCCGAAAGUUGACUGAAAAAGCAAAGGCCAAUUUAAUCGGUUGGUGAUUUUUAGCAAGGGUUUCACUUCAGAAUGCUGUGGGGCAGGUACAGUUAAGGACCGAGCAGAACGCAGGCUUCUGCUUCCCUGCUGCUAUUAUGGGUUGGAAGAAUGUGUUCUGAUUUGGGGAGAAAAAUUUAGCAAAAAAUAAACUGAAAGAACGUUCUUUGAAAGAAAUAUAUAUUUUAAACUUUUGCUAUUUAUUGCCCUCCAAAUAGGUUAUGCAUUUCAACAGGCGUUUUGUUCAUGGUUGAGAAUGAUCGAAGCAAUUUCUGACUGACUUACAGAAUUGAGAAUUACUCUGCUCUUGAGUAGUGCGUAUUAUCUCCACACAAUUAAAAAGGUGAUAGAACUGUUAAUGCCACAAACUGAGAACAGAAGUCUAUUUUUGACCAAACAAGGUACAGUUUUAUUGAUUGUAAAGUCAAGUCUCCUAGGAAGGCAGAUUUUGGCAUAAAGUGGCAGCAAUUCACUUACCUUUCUAUCAAAUGCAAAUGCAAAAAUACCAAACUUUGCUAAUCUGAAAAUGUUUGAUUUCAGUACUGAUGGAACAUUCAACUGCAAAAGAAGCCUAGCACAGGCUGUUGGUUUAUCCAAGUUCUGCCAAACAUAGCAAAAAUGUAAUCUCAAUUAUAUAUAUAUCCACAUUGGAAAAAGUUUGACUAAUGUCUAAUUUUUCAGACCUUGAUUCUUGUAUCAAUCACUAAAUCUCUGUUUAUUGUGCCAAAGACUGAGAAUCAGUGCAGUGGAAAACCCUUUCUUUUCCUCCCUUCCUUUCUUUUGGAGUGUCAGUCCAGCAUCCAGUUUGCAGUGAUAAAAGCUGUGUCUCGUUGGAAAUUGUAAGUCAACAUUGUUCUGAGAUGUCUCCUUCUUGGUACUUAUGGUAGAAAAUAAUGCACUGGUGGGGUCCUUUGACAGAGAUGUUUUGGACAAAAUGUGUAAUUGGUUAAAGGAUUCAAGAAAACCACAGGACAGGUAUGGAACUGCAGUGUUUACCUUCUGGUCCGGAUAGAUCGUUGUUCUACAACUUCAGACAUGCUGAAAAGGCUGAAAAAGACCUACAAAGAACAGUGUGUGUGUGUGUGUGUGUAUAUUACUAUAUACAUAAACACAUAGAAAAUGUUACCCAGGUAAAAAUUCCUUUUUUUCAGGAUUUUUUAGAUAGCACUAGAAUCGAAAAUGAAUUUUAAAAUGUCAUACUUUCUAGUUUAAUUUUAAGGGGAAGAUUGGUUAUUUUCAAUUAUUAAGGUUAAAAGGCCAAAUCACUUUUUAUGCAAUCAUGUUUUAUACAGUGGUCUCAUUGCACAUUGUGUUUUUCUGCACUUUUUAUGGUAUAUCACGCUGACAUUAGUCAAUAUACACCCUAAAGAAAAGAUUCCAUUUAAUGAUUGUGCCUUGUAUUCUAUUAUUUCUUGCAUCCUUAGUAAAAUUAAGUUGUCUAUUGUAAAUGAUAACUAUAUGACUUAGGGGAAUGUAUUACUAUAUGUACUGCUAUGGAAAAGAAAAGCAGUUAUUUAUUUGUUUAUGGUACAUUUAGUUAUUUUAUACCUUUACAAACAAACUUUAAUACCAUUUUCUAUCGCUUAAAACUUCUUGUCCAAUUUUAAGGAAAAAAAAUCCAGCAGCAGGAGUAUUUUCUGAGGUCUGGUAUGGUACAAAAAUGUAACCCAAAUUUGCAGAUUACAUCUAGCUUGGGAACUUUGGGUCGUGGGGAAGGAAUCCGUGUGCGCGACCCUGCCUGGGAUGGAGGAGAAGGAGCCACAACGGGGGCCGUGGAUCCCUGUGGAUUCUGCUCCCUUCUUUGGGGCCUAACUCUCUCCUCUCUCUAUUCUCCGUUACAAAAGAAGAAAAAAAAAAAAAAAAGCUUAAAUGUUGGCGUUUGGCAUGGAGAGGAGUAGGAAUAAGCUGAUUUGGAUGGCAAAUUGGUAUCCACCGUACGAGGUCGGUUAACAGAGUUCGUUACAUCUGUUGUUACAGAAGCUGAGUCAAGUGUUUUCCAGAUCCUCACUGAUGUGCUUUGGUUACGACUUUGGGCAGCAGGGUUUGUGUUUCAUUUGCAUCSUUAUUUUUUUCUGGAAUGCCUUUCCUUGUUUUCCAAUUAAACUGGAGUCACAAAACAUGCAGUGCGAUGGGAAGCGAUGGUUGUACAGUCACAGGACAGCUUGGCGCUGCGGGGCGAGCUAGUUCAGCCUCUUCAUUUCUUGAGAACUCGCUGAUGAAGGCAAUCAUUUGAAAAUGUGUAAUUUCCUGAUGUUAUCUGCAUUGUAAUAUAUGAAAUAGAUUAUAUCUAAAAUUCAACUUCUGUAUUUACUCCGUUUGUAAUAAUGUUUUAUAUGGCAUGUUUAUGUACAUAUUUAUAUACCGGAAAAUACCUUGUAUGUAAAUUUUGGAGGCUAAAAUAAUAUGCAUUCCCUUAACAGUAGGUAGAAAAUCACACGUGUUAAUUUGAUGAGAAGAGAAGGCCUUACCUGCGGAACAAGGGUGCUGCUUCCCGCCCACUAACACUGGUGACUUUAGCCUGUUACUUUUUAAUUCCUCCCAGGCGUGUUAUUGAUUUUCCUUUAAAAUGAAUUGUGCAUCAUUUGGGCCAGCCUUUUUUUUAAAAGAAGCAACACUAAAAAUUUUAGUAGAAGUUAAUACCAGAUUUAUUUAAAAAUUCUAUUUUUAUAAUUUAGCUUCACUAGCUUGCCAACGUUUUUAUUUAUGGGACUUCAGUCACCAUGAGCCU